AUGCCAUCGGGCAUACCCGGUGUGGACCUGGCCCUGCUGACGCGCGUUACGCAGUGCUUCGCGGAGCGCCGUCUGCACGUGUACCACCCCGGCAGUCGCCGCUCUGCCGCCGCGCUGGUGUUGCGAUUUGGCGAUGAGACGCAACAAACUCUCACCAAGGCACUGAGCACCUUCAAGGCCGCCACCGCGCGGCGCGGGUACGCAGACCCCGACGCGACCGAGGCAGAGGCAUCGGGUGCAGCGUCGUCGCGAUUUUCCAGUGCUGCCGCUUUUGCUGCUUCUUCUUCGAUCGCGCGUGGGCCAGCAAAAGACGGCUGGACUGACCCGUUGAAGUUCUUCGAGUAUCUGGCCCACCACCGCCGCCAUCACCCGUGUGCCGACUUCGUCGACGCCGGUGCCCCAUCCUCGUUGCAGCUGCUCUUCCUGAAGCGGACGAACAGGGAGGCGAGGCGAUGGAGCGGGCAGAUAGUUUUUCCAGGCGGACACCGUGACCCGGACGACCACGACGACUUUGAUACCGUCUGCCGAGAAACCUAUGAGGAGAUCGGCUUCCCACUGCAGCACCAUCGCGAGUUUCUGUGCCUCGGGCGGUUACCGGACUACCAGCUGCACAGUCGCAUCGUCGGCAACCGCGGCCUCGUACAGGCACGCUUUGUGUUUCUGCACGUGGGCGACAUCACACCAACAGUGCAGGUGGCCUCACACGCGGUGGAGAGUGUGCGGUGGGUGCCGCUGCGGGCGCUGGCGGCAGCGCACGUGGAGCGCGGGCGUGUGGUGCACCCGCUCCGGAGCUUCGUGAACCCGCGGGACGCAGACACGCGACUGAUGGUAGGGGAGGUGUUCCCAAACACCUACCUCUCCUUUCCAAGUCUUCUGCUGCCUGGUACACCGGCGCCGUCGUCCUCUCCUGCCACCACCGGUGGCACUGAGGCAGGCGGGAAGGGGUGCAGUGAGGAUGGCGAGAGGUCAAGGACGCGGGGGGAUGCUUCGUCAGCUUCCCCUGGGUCACCACCGUGGCGUGUGUGGGGUCUCACGUUGCGCACCGCGAAUGAGCUGCUGUCGCUGGACAGCUGCCAAGCCUUCGACUGGCCUUUCGUCGAGUCGAACAGCCGCCUCCUGCAAUAUGGGGUGCUUCUUCCUAUGCACGGCUACUACGAGCUCCUCUACCAGUUCUACUGGUGGCGCGCGUGGAUGACGGCGAAGAUGCGCUUGCGUACCUGUGACGACUGCGUGGCGGCCCGAGGAGAAACGAACGCUGGUGACGAACAGCACGCCAGUAGCACGCUCGACAGCUCGCGAAGCGAGUCGCGCUCGUCGACACUUCUGUCGCACCUCUCGAGGGAGCGCCAGCGGUGGCGGCGCGUGCUCUAUGGCUCUUCCAUGGAGCGCCGGUACGCGGUUCUCCCUGCGUCGGCGGAUGCGCUGCUCCUCGCUGUUCCUGAGACGCCCAUCACGGAGCACGUUGUGAGCUUUGCGGCUGCGCUGAGCUUCGCCGUGUUCGUACUGUACACCGUGGCCGCAGUGAUCGCGAGCAUUGGUGCCGCGGUCGGCGCUGCGCUCGGCCUGAAAGCGGACCUGGACCGUGAGGCACGGCGUCGCGCCUACUACGACGCGAACACGCCGAGUAGCGUGGUGCGCCAUCGACGUCCUGCUGCUGGUGACAGUGCAGAGCUGCGGUCUCUCGAGAAUGCGAGGGCACACGGCGAUACUGUGAUCUCUGCGGCGGAUGCUGUCACACCGAGUCGUGAGGCAAGCGAUUCCCGCUCUUGGUGGCCGUGGCCGCUGCGCGACAAUCGUGUCCCAUGCUGGAGUGCCACCGCUGACGAGGCCGCGCUCUCUGCGGAGCUGCGCAGCACCACUGAAGUUCUUCGUGGGGGGUCGCCGCUCCACAGCGACAGUGCUGUACCACAAGAUACGAGGCGCCGGCUGCCAAUCUCGGCAGAAAUACCGGCUGUGAAGCAGCACCUAACAGGCAAGACUGCCGCGGCGAUGCACCCUAUAUCCUCUGACGCUGGUGCCGUCUUAGAGAGUCUCACCGUGAGCCCUUCGCGUGUCACGACGACCACCGACCGUUUUGCAACAUCUUCUGCUAUCUCGACCAUCUCAGGAGACGCCAUCAGAGAGCACGGCAGCGCUGAGCACGUCUAUGAGACAGGCAAGGAGCGGCGCGGCGUCAGGCCUGUCGUCGCUGGUGUCUCUGUGCCGGCGGAGCACCUCGUUGCAGCUGCGAUGCCGGCGGAUGUGGGAGAGCUGAGGCACGAGGAGGAGCUGAAAGUGGUGAUGCGCCGCUACCAUCCCGAGUCCACCACAAGCCGAUAG